AUGACGGAAAUUAUGUCCACUGAAGAUACCAGAGAUCACGACCGAGUGGAUGAUAUCCUUAGAGGAUUUCAAGUGAAUUGGAUGAAUUUGCGUGAUGCUGAUUCAGGCAAGAUUCUCUGGCAGAACAAUGAAGAUAUGUCAAGUCCGGACGUGGAGCACGAGGCACGUGUACCGAAACGUAUCCUGAAGUGCCGCUGCGUCUCACGCGAAAUGAAUUUUAGCUCUACUGAAGCUAUGGAGAAGUUUCGUUUAGAACAGAAAGUGUUGUUCAAAGGACGUUGUUUGGAGGAGUGGUUCUUUGAGUUCGGCUACGUAAUUCCCAACUCGACCAACACGUGGCAGUCAGUGAUCGAGUCCGCGCCUGAAUCUCAGAUGAUGCCUGCCAAUGUUCUCAACGGGAACGUCGUCAUUGAAACGAAGUUCUUCGAUGGAGAUACUCUGAUCACCACAUCUCGAGUCAGACUAUUCUACGUAUAA